GCGCUUCCUAGUAGUGAUGUGUACUGUGAUUUAUUCAUUGUUUUAGUGGGUUCUAUAUUAGUGAUCCUUGCUUGCUUGCCCGCGAAUGACAUGUGGAUUGUGGACACGGGCGCCACAUGUGUUGUGUUAUCGAUAUUUUGAUGAUAGUGAGGUGACCUAGAGGUCAUAUAAAUAAAAUAAUUAUACGAUGUUUUACAAGUGUUUCAUGUGCUUUGUGAUUGUGGUGCUGCCUAUAGAAUGUUUGUUCAAAGGAGAAAGUUGCACAGCUGAUAACCGGCCGGGCACUUGCAAGCAGUUGUCAAAAUGUACCCAUUUGGUGAACGAGAUCAAACACUGCGGUACUCCCAUGCCUUCACACAUGAGGGACAAACUGAAGAGGCUGGGAUGUGGCUUCGACUAUGACGAACCACUGGUGUGCUGCGAUCCCAGCGCCAAUAGUGCCAAUACGCAGACACCGUUCACAUCAAGACCCGACGACCGCUGGGGAUCCCACGAGUACGGGAAAGAGGAUCCUUACGACAAGGGUCCUCAUCAUAGUGGAAACCAUAACGACUGGACAACUAAACCGAGCAGUAAUACGUGGGGGUCUGGUGGAAGUGAUACAUGGGGUUCCAGUGGAAGUAACGCAUGGGGUUCCGGUGGAAGUAACUCUUGGGGUUCCGGUGGAAGUAACUCUUGGGGUUCCGGUGGAAAUCAAGAUCCUUAUAAUACUGGAGAAGGUAAGGACCCAUACGCAAACAAUGGCGGGGGAAACAGAGAUGAAAGUAAUAAUAACAAAUGGGAUAGCAAUAAGAAUACUGUUGAUAAUUCAAUAGAAAGGAUACCAGAUGUAAGCUAUCACCGUAACCUCGAUCUUCUGCCACUCGAGUGUGGAGCUAUUGAAGGUGAAAGGAUAUUUGGAGGCAACAGAACCAAGCUCUUUGAAAUGCCCUGGAUGGUUCUAUUAUCUUAUGACUCAGCACGUGGCACCAAAUUGAGUUGUGGAGGGACCUUGAUAACAGAGUGGUACGUCCUUACUGCUGCUCACUGCAUAUCAAACCUUGGAACAAAGCUGAAGCUGCGGUCAGUCAUACUGGGAGAAUACGACGUGCGAAGAGAUCCGGACUGUGAGAGGAUGGAAGGGGAACUGUUUUGCGCGCCUAAAGUUCGAAAUGUUGCCGUAGACACCGUCAUCCCGCAUCCAGAUUACUCUCCUCAGAGGCUGGGAGAUGACAUCGGUCUCAUAAGGUUGGCAGAACCAGCCGACUUUACCUUAGAGAGCAUGAAACCUAUUUGCUUACCAACAUCCCCCGAACUACAGUCUGAGAACCUGGAGGGUGUGAACGGCGUGGUGGCCGGCUGGGGCGCCACAGAGGAUGGGCUGCAGUCGCCGGUGCUUCUUAGCGUGGACCUGCCCAUCAUCUCCAAUAGAGACUGCCAGGCUAUUUAUAAUGGGUCUCCCCGUAUCGACAAGUCACAGCUUUGCGCUGGAGGGAUACGAGACAAGGACUCCUGCGGUGGAGACUCGGGCGGUCCCCUCCUAUACCCUGGCAGGACCAGGGCAGGGGUAGGGGUCCGAUACGUGCAACGAGGGAUCGUGUCUUACGGCUCCAAGCGAUGCGGCCUCGGAGGUUUCCCAGGGGUUUAUACGAGGGUCGCAAAUUAUAUGGAUUGGAUUUUGGACAACAUACGCUGAAGAUAAUAGUGACUAAUUUGUACAGUAGGUUUUAAGUAAAGGCAAACAGUAAAUAGGAAACACAGAAAACCUAAAAGAAGAAGAACAAAAAAUGACAGACAAUUCAAUAAAUUCAAAGAAAAGAGAGACAGAACUCAGAAGAAACACAAAAGAAACGCUUAAAGAAAGAGCAAGAAAAGAAGAAUUAAGGAAAGGAGAGCAUGAUAAAAGGACAAUGAUAAAAUUAAUUGUUUUGCGUUUGACGAGAAAUAAUACAAUCAAACCUAAUACAAGCAAAGAUGCGAUCUAAGCUGGAGUGCGCUUGCGCUUGCCUGGAAGAUGACAUUUUACUAUAGCCUUUAAGGUACCUAUUCAAGUUAUACGUGACAAGAAACACUAACCAGAAAAAAAAAACAGGAUACAUUUAAACAUGGACAAAAACACUAGCAAAACAGACAGGAGAAAACAGACAUUUAAAGAAAGCAAACAUUUAAGAAGGGAGAGAAAAAUACUGAAGACCAAUAUGAAGAAAAGCGAAAAGUGAGCAAACCCCUAAUUAGUGUGGUCAAAGACCUAAUUUUAGAGCAUUUUUCGACUGACGUGUAACUUAUCUACCUCUUGAAAUGUAUUAAAAUAAGCAUUACCUAUUGUCGCC